AUGAUGAAACAGGCCAAUCGUUAUGAUUUUCAUGAACCCUAUGCCAUUUGGGGCAGCAGUAGUGAGGAUGAAGAGGAGGAAGGGACAUUCAGUAGUAGUACUACCAGCAACAGCAGCAGUACUAGUACCUCCAACAACUAUAUUCAAACGGUUGAAGGGUGCUGUAGCUGCUUGGAUGAAGGCACCCAUGGCAUGGAUGAUGAACAUUCUCCAGAUUUGGCAUCCUCGAGCAUCUCCGAGAGAGAUAAGGGAAAUAAUGGCAGGGAUCAUUCACAUACACCACUCUCACAACAAAAUCUCAAAAGAAAUAGUCCAACGACCAACCCUACAACUGGUUCAGCAACUGAAAAGAAAAUUUGCCGAGCACACAAACCGUCGUCAUCCAUGACAUUACCCAAGUCUCAAUCGCUGAAUUCCAAGUCGUUGUUGACAUCGGGCAAUGAUGAAAACAGCAAUAGUGUUGUUCUCUCAGAAGUGGUGAUCCAACGACGAAGCAAUUCCAUUGAUGAGACGCAACUGUUUGCAUCUAACAAGUCCAAAUGCAAACAACAAAAAACGAAAAGGAGAAGAAAGAGUUCAAGGAAGAUACAAUCAUGCUCAUCAAUGUCAUCAUAUUCGUCGACGUUUGUGCCUGAGAUGGUCUGCUCUCCAGUCAAGUCAUCUCUCUAUGAGCUGCAUGGCGAGUCAGAGCAAAUCUCUAUCAAUAUUCAUCACAUGGAAGAGGCGUUUGAAUCCAUACUGCAAAUUGCUCCCUCAAUGGCGAGCAUGAGAGAAAUGAAACGAGAGCUAUUUCUCUCAGCCUAUUCCGUCUACUUGUUUUUGUAUGAUCGUUUGCUGGAUCCCAAUCUCGAUAUGAGUGGAGAAAAUCAUGAAGCUCAAAUGGAGAGAUUGAACUUGGUGAGAAUUACAAAACUAAUGAUGAGACUAGUGAUGAAAAAUUUUGUCAACCUGGUUGUUUCGAACGAACAAGAUGAAACUAACAUUGGACUGGAAUUGAACAUUUUCAACGAAUGCUCAGCUCCAACAAACAUCAAAAAACAAACUGAGGAGUUUCUGGAAAACCCUCUCGAAUCGUCAAAUAUUAUUAAUUUCCAACUACUUGCCACAUCAUCAGAUAAAACAAUAAGGGAGAAAAUAUUGAACACAAUAUUUAGAAAUUUAAAACAGACAGGUUUUGUUGCAUGUCUAAGGCUAGGUCCUGAUGUUGUGGGUAUCGAUUAUUUCAUUUUUGCUUUUUACCUUGUAGAACACCUCUUCUACACUAGAGACAUUAAUCAUUUGGAAUCAUUCUCAGAAGAAUUACUCGAAUGUAUUCGACUUUUUGAGAUUAUGACAAACAAGAAUUCUAUCUCGCUUCCAAAUUACCAUCAAGAAGGUAUUCGGACGGAGGAAGGAUUGCAUGCUAAGGAUUUUUUUGGAAAUUCCAAUGAUAAUAUUAUUUUAACAUUCAAGGAUUGGGAGACAGGCGUGGAGCUUUCUCUCAAUGCUUGCAUGACACUUGUACAGUCAAUGUUGCUCUAUUUGUUUGAUCAGGAUCGAAGACAUGAAGCAUUUUUGUUAGCUCUUCAUGCUGUCGACAUGGAUCCUAACAAUAUUUAUGCUCUUCUCUUUUUGUAUUAUUACAUGACAGAAGAUGGAUUUACGGGCAACAGCACACCAUCUUCACCACCAACUUCUCCCAAGAUGCAUGUUUCUCAGCAGCCAUCGUACAUGAAAGGUAUUGACAUAAUCGAACGUAUUGAAAUGAUUAUUAAGGAACAUGGCCAGUUGUCUUGCGAACAUCCACACUUUUUCCCAUUAUUGGAAGUCAAAGAACAUGCACGAUUGUUAUGGAAUAAAAAGUCGAGUGGAUGUUAG